UUGCCCAUACGUGUGUAAAUCCAAAUAUUUUAUUACUACAGUAUUUAGUUUGCUGCGGAUCUAUUUUACAUAGGAACUAGUUUAACCAGCACCGUAGUUACUCAAACCGAAUGUGAUAUCUUUGUAGAAACUAUAUUUAUGUAAAAAAGAAUAAUGUUGUCCUCAGUGUUACGAAAUCUUGGACAGUCAUGUGUAAGUUCUCCCUUGAAAAACAAAGUUUUAUCUGUCAGUGGCAAUCCACUACUUCUGAGUCAAGCAAUACAUAUCAGCUUUCCAAGAACAGUGUUGGACAAGGAUAACCGUCUCAAAAAAUGGACACAAAUGGAAACUAAGGAUCGAUUACAUCUUAGUGACACAGCUGAAGUUGAUUCCAAUCCUGACAUUUUCCCUACUCUCAGAACACCUGACAUGCUAGUUGAUGGUGUACCCUUCAAGCACUUGCAUAUAGCUCACGUCAAAGCCACCAGAAACAAUACUAUUAUAACAAUUUCAGAGCAUAAUGGAGAUGUCCUCAUAUUAAAGUCUUGUGGAACGGAAGGAUUUCAAAAUGCUAGAAAAGGUACAAAUAUUGCUGGACAAGCAACAGGAGUGGCAGCUGGAGAGAAAGCCAUCACUGAAGGUAUAAAGAAUGUACGAGUAGCUGUACAAGGCAUUGGUCCAGGACGCUUUCCUGCAAUAAAGGGUUUACAGUUAGCUGGUUUAAAUAUUGUAUCUUUGACUGAUACAACACCUAUCACCUAUUGCAAUGAGCGACCUCGUAAACAGAGACGACUUUAGAUGAGAGUAGUGUAUAUAUUACAAUAAAACUAAUUGUUUUUCAA